GCCAAGAUUCCCCAGAGGCCUGGGACCUGUAGAGGGCGCCGCUGCGCGCGGUUUCUAGACUCGCGGGCGGAGCCUGAGACCCCCACCGCUCUCCUCGCGAGGGUGGGAAGAGGUUGGCGCCAGCUGUCCUCAUCUCGGGAUACCAGAGACUGGCUGGGGCCCUGCGGCCCUCCCGAGGCUGGCGCCACAGCCGGAGCACGCCUAGAAUUGUACCCGGUUUCCGCCUCGUGAGAUCUCCGGCCCAGUCUUGGCCACGGGGGACCUGUCAGGAAGGUGAACCCAGACACAGCAGGGACCACCUAAGGCUUACAAAUGAAAACAAGACCUGGAGAAGUCCUUAUUGAUUGUUUAGACUCAAUUGAAGACACCAAAGGAAAUAAUGGGGAUAGAGGGAGACUCUUAGUAACAAAUUUAAGAAUUAUCUGGCACUCUUUGGCAUUACCCAGAGUCAAUCUUUCUAUCGGUUACAACUGCAUAUUGAAUAUUACAACAAGAACUGCUAAUUCUAAAUUACGAGGCCAAACUGAAGCUCUUUAUAUACUAACAAAAUGUAACAGUACUCGUUUUGAGUUUAUAUUUACAAAUUUGGUUCCUGGAAGUCCUAGACUUUUUACUUCUGUGAUUGCAGUACACAGAGCAUAUGAAACUUCUAAAAUGUAUCGUGAUUUUAAAUUGAGAAGUGCACUAAUUCAAAAUAAGCAACUAAGAUUAUUGCCACAAGAACAUGUAUACGAUAAAAUCAAUGGAGUAUGGAAUUUAUCCAGUGAUCAGGGAAAUUUAGGAACAUUUUUUAUUACCAAUGUGAGAAUUGUGUGGCAUGCAAAUAUGAAUGACAGUUUUAACGUCAGUAUACCGUAUCUGCAAAUUAGGUCGAUAAAGAUUAGAGAUUCAAAGUUUGGCUUAGCUCUUGUCAUUGAAAGCUCUCAGCAGAGUGGAGGAUAUGUUCUUGGCUUUAAAAUAGAUCCUGUGGAAAAACUACAAGAAUCAGUUAAGGAAAUCAAUUCACUUCACAAGGUCUAUUCUGCCAGUCCUAUAUUUGGAGUGGAUUAUGAGAUGGAAGAAAAGCCACAGCCUCUCGAAGCUCUGACAGUUGAACAAGUUCAAGAUGAUGUAGAAAUAGACUCUGAUGAUCACACGGAUGCUUUUGUGGCUUAUUUUGCUGACGGCAAUAAGCAACAAGAUCGUGAACCUGUAUUUUCAGAAGAACUGGGGCUUGCAAUAGAGAAAUUGAAGGAUGGAUUCACCCUACAGGGACUUUGGGAAGUAAUGAGUUGAUCUUGAGUUGAACUGGAUUUCUGUUUAAAGAUACCUCAAGAUUAAAGAUACUAGUUGCCUGCUAUAAGGCAUGGAAUAGUUUUUACAUUUACAGAAAAAGCUUUUAACAGAGUUUUUUAAUGAUUAAGGAAAAACUCAUCGAUCUAAAAUUUUACUGCCAGUCUUCUAAAAAUGGUGUAUUUGAAAUUGUAGUUGAAAUUUAUCUGGUUCAUUGUACAUUUUUUUACCUAAUACUUGUAAAUUAUUAGUCUGUGGAUAUUAAAAGACUGAUUCAUGUCGAGUUUAAUAAAGAAUUUAUGCAGCUACAUUAAAUGUUUUGAAAGUAUUAUCUAAUUUAAAAAAUAAGACUGUUCUUUUGGAGCAAAGUACUGCAUUUUUAAUUAUAAAAACCUGGUUUAGAUAUAUUUAUCACAUAGCUCCAAAUGUAAGCCAACUCUAAUAUAAAUUACAAACCUUAAACUUGUCAUUUUUAUAUAAUAAUUUCUGUAAAAACUAAAAAGUAUAGCUAACUCUGGAGAAUAUCAACCCCUGUGUGAAAUUCUGGGCACUAUUUUGUAAGUAAUUUCAAUACAGUUUUGGCAAGAACACAUUUAUUUUGUAAGAAAUAGUUUUAAAUAGUUGAUAAAUAAAUAGGUCAUUUAUUUACUUUC